AGACAUAUGCCGUUUCGGAUUUCCCAAAACACUUUCUGAGGUUACAAAAAUUGUCUUUAAGGAAAUCAAGAAAAUGAUGACAAAAAAGUCAAAAAACAACCAAAAGUCUGCUGACAGUGAACCCAAAGUUGAGGCUCCUAAACUGCGAUCUAGAGAUGUCAUCUACAAACGUAAACCUGGCAGCGAAAAUGUAAAUACAUACAAUCGUCUUCUACUCCUUGCUAUACAAGGGAACAUGGAUGUUCAAAUUUGUAUGAGUCCGUGGGAUGUUGUUAAUUACGUUAUUUCGUAUGCCACCAAAAAUGAAAAAGAGGUUUGUGACGCCUUGAAAGAUGUUAUUAAAAAUAUUGAUCAGCCGAGCAAUAAGAACUCUAAAGAAGCCCUUCGACAGCUUGGUAAUACUUUUUUAAAUUCUAGGUCCGUCUCCGUCCAAGAAGCUAUUUUUCGAUGUCUGCCCCAGUUGAGUCUCUCCCAUUUCAAACCUUCGGUUCUUUUCAUUCCUUCUGACAUGCCAGGGGAUAGACAUGGCAUUGUCAAACCUCGUUCUACCCUACAACAGCUGCCAGAUGAUUCGGAAGAUGUGUUCCAUAACUCGCUUCUUGACAAAUACCUCAAUCGUCCUGAUGAUUUAGAGUCGAUCUGCUGGGCUCAAUUUGCUUCCUUAUACGUUCGGUUAGACAGAAACGUAACUUCUAAAAACAGACACAAAGUCAUUACUCUUAAAUCUAAUCUUGGCCAGAUGAUAAGGCGAGACUCGCCUCAAGUUAUCAGAAGUAAUAAAAAGUCUCGCACAAAGCAGCCUGAAAAGUAUUACUAUUCGAAACUGUGUUUGUACUUUCCGUGGAGAAAGGAAGCUGAUCUUAUUGGCUCCUUUGCCACUUAUCAAGAGUCAUUUGCUGAGAAUGUUGAUGCCAUGAAACCCAACAUCAAAAAGUUUGAACAAUUUGACGACGAAACUCUGCAAAAAAUGGAAGCUGAAAUAAGACAAGAGAUCAAAGAUUCACUUCUUGAUGAAAAUAAAAGGGAAGUUCUUGAUGGUAGGCAUCUCUUCAAUCAUCCCUUUGAAGGUAUUGAUAUAUCGAAGGAGGAAGAGAAGUCUGUGUUCAACGUCACUUAUAAGGAGCCCAUUGUCUCUGAUGAACAGUACCAGCAAAUGGUCACCAGCCUCAAUGACAAACAGCGCGAACUCUUCAACAUUGUAGAUCAUCACUCUUCCCGGGUUGCACAGGGUCACAAGGUCAAUCAGCUUCUUCAUUUUGUUAGUGGUGCUGGCGGAGUAGGUAAAAGUUUCCUCAUAAAAUGUAUGCGCUCCUGCAUCUCACGCAAGUUCCCAGACAGUAUCAUUAAACCUAGGGUUGCUGUUGCAGCUAGCACUGGUGUUGCUGCAGCUCUCAUUGACGGUCAAACUGUUCACCAACUCCUUCAGUUAGAUUGUCAAGAGGGCGGAAGAAUCCAACCUAAACCACUUAAUCCAAAAAAGAAGAUGCAGAUGAGGAGGUUCUUUCAGCAUGUAAGGUAUAUCAUUAUAGAUGAAGUGUCCAUGGUGGGUAACACAAACCUCAACCAGAUCAAUUCACGGUUGAAUGAAAUAUUUGGGGUUCCUCCUGAAACCACAAUCUUUGGGGGAAUCAACGUUAUCUUCAGUGGUGACCUUCAUCAGAUUCCUGCGGUUCAACAAACUAUGGUGUUUGAGACUAAAGGUAUCGCUGCUCUUGGGCCUAACAUUUGGAAGGAUUCAAUUACAUUUUCUGAGCUAACGGACAUAGUUAGAGCAAAGGGUGACAGUCAGUUCACGGAACUCUGUCACAGGCUUAGGGUAGGAGAGCACACCCCAGAGGAUAUUGAGUUGCUGGGUUCAAGGGUUGUGGAAAAACAGCCUAAACCUGCUGAAAUCAUGGACUCAAUGGUCAUUUAUCCAACCAAUAGGCAGUGCAACAGUCACAAUCAGGAGUGCAUUCAAGAAUUGAGCAAAACCUCUUCAAUAGUUAACGUUGUUGCUCAAGACAGAUUCUCCAAUGAAGUUUUCAACAAAUCUUCCAAUUUUGGCGACAAAGUUUAUGACAAAAUGAACAAGAAACCCCAAGAUUACACGACUGACGAUGUGAACAAAACUGCUGGGUUACCAACUUCAUUAAAUAUUGGUCCAGGAGCUAGGGUCAUGGUGCGUGUUAAUAUCGACACCCCUGACAAAAUUGUAAACGGUGUGACUGGGACUGUCCACAGUUUCCAACUCCAAAAUGGCAAAACUGUCAAGGACGGUUCAUGCAGUGCUAGAGACAUUCGGCACGUUAAUGUUAUGUUCGAUGAUGUUAACGUCGGCAGAACCAUAAAACAUCAUUGUGACAAUUUCUGCGCUAAUAAUUGCACCAAGGUUGGCACUGUUCCAAUUAAGCCCGUGGAAAAGGAAUUUAUCUCCAAAAAGAAUAGUAAAACGUGGCUCAAACGCUAUCAAAUUCCAUUGGUUCUCUCUUGGGCCUGCACUGUUCACAAAGUUCAGGGUUUGACUUUGAACAAAGCAUAUGUAUUCCUCGCUGGAGCAUCAAAAGGUCACUCAUGGCAGUCAGGCAUGGCAUACACUGCUAUCUCUAGGUUAACAUCUCUCCUUGGUCUGCACUUCAUAUCUUUUGACCCCAGGCAAAUUCGCACAUCUAAGAAAGUUGUAGAUGAGUAUGCUCGACUACGUGAUGUUCCUAAAUUUUGUGUUGUCCUCCAAGGUAAUAAUGUUCCUGCAGCUACUUGUGAAGAAGUUUUAAUAAUGAGUCCCAUACCAUCUGAUCCCAUCACUCUUCCCUGCAGUAAACCAUGUAGUGUGUCAUCUUCUCCGCACAACACCAUCAUCACCUCGCCUCCUGUAUUAAAACGCCACAUACCUUUUUCUCCAUUAGCGGAUCUUACGAAGAAACAUUUCAAGGCUACCUCAUUAUAUUCUCCGCUCUCUAUGAUGUCUCCACAGCCUUCUACUGGUCUCAAACGUCCUUUACCAAACUCUCCUCAAGUUCCAGCAAGUCCACUUCUAAGUAAACAUCUCAAAACGACAAAGUCUCUUUCUCCUUUAUGCAAUGCAGAUGUGGUCAACAAUCCGGUUAUGCAAAUUCCUACCAGUUAUCCACAAGUUAUCUCUGAAACUGUUGGCAGGGCUCAUGUCAUUGAUUUUUUGGGUCAUCCUCAAUCGGCAGAAACUGCAACUUUAUUACAAUCUUUGGGAUUCUCAGUCAAUGCCUCCUUUGCUAAUAUCCAGGUUAAUUCCAGUUGUGGUUACAUCGCCUCUAGAGUCAUUUCUAAACUGAAGUCCUUCCUUUCGACAGGCCAGUCAUGGUUUAACGCAUCACUAUUCGACUGUAACUAUUGGGGAGCCUCGGAUUUUGAGACAGACAUAUGUGCACUAGGUAAUCAUGCUCUUAACAUUUCCGGCACAAGUCCCGUGUUCCUUUCAGAAACUAAUUGCCUUGAUCUUAUUCCUAUUUACUCGCUCCAUUUUCACAAUUUAUUAUUUAUACAUAGAAAUGAUUAUCUUUCCAAUGUAGAACCUCCCCAUAGUAAGUCUACGUUCAAAGCCCGCAUCAUACACCUUUGGGAUAAGUUUAAGUCUAACGCACAGGUCCUUCCCCCAACCCUAUUUAUAGUUAAUACAGACGAUGGUCAUGGCGUUCAUUGGUAUACUGUUAUUUUAGAAAUUGGCUCUGCGCACUCCCCAUCUCAUGAAUUGUAAUUUCACCCUCGGCAUUGUGAAUGUUAGCCCUUGCACUUAUAAGUAAUCUUACACUCUAGCUCUCAUUUACUAUCACCAAUAAUUUCUAACAAUCACGAACACCACUCACCCCAUACCUAUCCUAGAACUUUCACAACACCAUACCAGUGCUGUUGUAACGUGACUUCUUGCGGUGUGAACAGUGUAGUCAGCCUUACAUUCUUACACUCGAGGUUCUGAUUACACAGGAAGUUAGACGUACAACAGGACACUGAAGUUUAAGACACAAGCUAUAACAACAAUUAUAACAUUACAUAUCACUACUACUCUACAAUUUAAUCAACAUUAUCUUAUAUAAUUAUAUCUACGUUAAUUUAUGCUCUCCAUAAUUAACCAAUUUCUAUUAUCAUAUUAGCAAUAAAUGACAUGCACAUACUACAUUUUCCAUUUAACUUGCAUUCUAACUUUACAUUUGUUUUACUGCAGCUAUUUAAUCGAUAUACUUUUGUUACCUUAUAAUUUUCAAUAUGUCAUAAAUGUCAUGUUAUUAUCUCAUAAUAUAUCUUUAAACCCCUGUAAUACCUCAGUUAUCAGAUAAGAUUGGAUGCAUUAUCAUAUGUUAGCAAAGAGGUUCGUCCGAGCAAUUUACCCGUGGGAUUGUCACGUGCUAACGGAAACUGAGAAGAGUGGUUAACUGCGUGUGGUUAUUGUACCUCAUCAUCAACUGUUCUCAGGCUAAUUACCUCACCUCAUUCUCCACAUCUACAUAAAAGGGAAGGUGUUUCUAUACUUUUUUAAUAUAAUAAUACAAUUAUUAUGCACAUUCAGUUUUCUCACGCUUUCAUUCAAGAUUGCUUCACCACUUUUGAUUUAAUGUUCAUAUAAUGUAGAUGUAAUAUUACGCACGGGACAAUCACAACUUAUUUCCUUUCAGAUCAGUUGCUUGCUGUUUUCCAGUCUUUACAUUCGGUUUCACAACUGUCAACAGUUCCUUGCAUGCCAUAGGCUCGCUUAUAGAAAAAAAUGCCGUCUCCGUAUCAGCCCUCCUUGACAGUUGACUCUAUCAUAUCACAAUCCAUGAAAUGAGCAGCUGUGAACACAAUUUUGUCAAAACAUAACGCACACCAUCGGCUGCUGAUUGAGUGAUAUUACUUCCUAAUUCACAGAUCUCCAAAUCUACUACUUUACACUAACCUAGCAAGACAAUGGAAUGAACACUUCAUCUUACUGAACUAAUUAACAUACUGGACAUUGAGACUUGAAUUCCAAUAAUUGGUAUCAUUGAAGUAUGACUGAAACACAUCAUUUAAUUUUGUAUAACCACUAAUUAGAAAGUGGAACAGAGGGACCAGUUUUAUGCACAACAUGAUAAUAAUAUGUUCUCUUCCUUAACUAUCCAUUUCCAUUUCACCGGAACCUACAUUA